UUUUUUUUUAUUAAAUAAACUUAUGUUCCCAUUACAUUAAUUUUUCCGAAAAGUACACCGCAAUGAGCUUCCGUGCUCCACUUCCACACCAUGGGGUCCUCUUCUGCCUCCUCGUCCUCCCGAUCACGGCGCCGCUCGCCGGAGCGCAGAAGCCGUCGGCGGCACCUGCGGACAACACAGACUUCGGCUUCAGCCCCUCGGCGGCGAUGCUGGGCCUUCUGAUCGCCGUGGUGUCCUUCUUCAUCGCGGUCUACUCCGUGUACAUCCUCCACUGCUCCCGCAUCGUUGCCGCCGGCGCCGGGGCGGGGUCCUUCCGGCCGAGGCGGGCGACACCGCGGGGCCUCGACGCGGCCGUCAUCGAUACGUUCCCGACCCUGGUGUACUCCGAUGUGAAGGGGCUGAGGCUGGGGAAGGGCGCCCUGGAGUGCGUUGUGUGCCUGAGCGAGUUCGAGGAUCAUGAGACGUUGCUUUUGAUACCCAAAUGCCACCAUGCGUUCCACCCCGACUGCAUUGAAGAGUGGCUCAGGCACCAUACGACGUGCCCAGUCUGCCGGGCCGAGCUUGCUCCACAGCCCGGCGAGCUGACUGACCCUGUCAUCCCUCCGGUUGCUACUGCUGCUGGUGAUGAAUCAAUCAUCCAGGUCGUUGUGCAAGAGAAUGCCAACACGGACGUGGAACAAGGCCGGGAAAUCGAGCGGCAGGAACCAGCGGACGCGAACAAGACACCGAACCAAAGUGGUGGACGUGAACUUGGAUCUUUCAGGACCCGCAGGUUUCCCCGGUCCCAUUCGACCGGACACUCCCUGGUCCAGCCUGUCCAGGACACUGAGCGGUUCACCCUCAGGUUGCCUGUCGAGGUGAGGAAGCAAGUGAUGGACCGCGCCGCGAACAUGGCAGGGAGUUCUAGGAGAGGGAACCGUAGCAGUACUGGCGAAGGGAGCAGCAGGUACCUCAGACGGCUGGACCAGGCAUUCAAAUCGGACCGAUGGGUUUUCACUCGGAUGCCAUCGUUCCGUACACGGUCCUCACCACUUGCGUUGCCUAGGGUGCCCAGCAACAGUGAUGAAGGGGGUUCGAUACGCCACUUGAGCAGAACCAAAGAAUCAUCGACCGAGCCGCCACGGCCUCCUGUUUGAUUAUUGGUACACGAAAUGAUUGUCGGCAAAUUCGGGCAUUCUUCUUGAGGAAAUACUAAUGUUAGCAUCAAAUUAGCAUUACAAUACUUUUGUGAUCGAAAAUACGAUACAAAGUUUAUUCCUCAGAUUCAUCAAUAGCCUCUCUUUGAUUGUUUUC